CUACGCAGUACGCAGUACGCAGGUCAGGCCAAGAGAUAAACGAGAAUUGCAUGACUGCAGAGGCGCUCAAGUAAACUAAUUCGAUUCUGUUGUAUAUCGUGUCCCCUUUCGGAGAGGUUUGUCAUGUGCGUGUGCAGGGAUCUGCCGAACUGAAGUGAGCCCUGAUGAUGGAUGAAUGCUUAUGAGAAGUGAACUUUUUAUUCUCCUUUUUUCUUUUAUUUGCAAAAAAGGACAGUUAACAAUGAAGCAGUAAUUUGACACAAUAAAUAUAGAUUAAAUUGUGUGUUAACACUUUACAAUGAGGUUCCAUUUGUUAACAUGCAUUAAUGCAUUAGGUAUCAUGAUCAAACAAUUUACAAUAUAUUUUAUUAAAGUAUUUAUUAAUCUUUGUCAAUAUUAGUUAAUAAAAUAGAAUUGUUCAUUGCUAGUUCAUAAUGCAUUAACUAAUGUUAACAUAUACAACUUUUAAUUUUUAAAAUAUAUUAAUAUGUUGAAAUUAACAUUAAGAAUUUUAAAUGCUGUAAAAAUAUUGUUCUUUGUUAGUUCAUGUAACUAUGUACUACUAAUGUUGUUAACUAAUGUUAAAAAAUGUAACCUUAUUGUAAAGUGUUACCAAUUGUGUUAUUGUACAUUACUUUUAUUUAUGAAUAUUGUGGUGUGAUAUUACAGAUUAUAUAUAAAAACGAAUGAAUACUCAACUGUAAGUUUUGUUUUUGUGUUUUUUUUCUUCUCAGUAGUGCUUUACUCAGUAGUGGUUCUAGCUUGUAUGGCGCCCUGGGUGAAACCCGCUUCAACACGCCCCCAAAAGUUGUUGACCUGGAGGGGGUUAAUUGUACGGCGCCUUGGGCGAAACCCGCUUCAACACGCCCCCCGCAAGAUGCCGCCCUGGGCAACUGCCCAUGUCACCCAUGCCUAAAUCCGCCCCUGGCUUUACUGAUGUGUAAUCUCAUGCUUUGGCUAGGGGGAAAAUAUAAUAAUUUUACAGUACUGUGUGUAGUGUUCUCAGUGAUGUUUUGUUUUAUCACAUUUGUUGUGAUAAAUUGCUUUAUUUUAGAAAGAAGAGCAGUUGGCUACAACUCUUGACACUUUUGCGUUAGCUGGAUACGAUACCGGAAGAGUUUGGGGUUUUUUUUUACCGGAAGAUUGUUAGCCCCCUGAGAGUUGACCGGAAAUACAUAAGCUACGUUCUGUGUCCAUUACAGUCUGUAUUAAAGAUUUCAUUUAUUCUAUCCUGUUGCCUAAUGAAGUAUUCUGUUCUAUUCAUUGUCUGGUAAAGAGUCUGUUGUUUUUGAUUCCCAUUAAGGUUUCUUUUCUAUUCCAUCCUGAUUUAUUCAAUGCUUUAUUAGGGAUUCUGAUUUAGCUAUACGAUUUUCUAUUAAAGAUUCUGAUACAUUUUGUGAUGUGAAUAUGUUCUAAAAGAGCAUAAAUAUUGCUGAAUAAUUUAUGGUUUUCAUCCAUAUUAUAACAUUGCUGUUUUCACCAGGUGUAAAAAUGGGGAAGGCUCUUUCCCACCUGCCUAAGCAAGCCUGUCAUGAUGACUGUCAGGACAGCCUGACUUCAUCACCUGGCUACAGUGCUAUGCAAACUGAUGAGAGUAAAAAUGGGGGUGACGUGUCUCAGUUUCCUUACGUCGAGUUCACCGGCCGAGACAGCGUUACCUGCCCCACAUGCCAAGGCACUGGAAGAAUCCCACGAGGCCAAGAAAACCAGCUGGUGGCCCUUAUCCCAUACAGUGACCAAAGGCUGAGACCAAGGAGAACCAAGCUGUACGUGACUGCUUCAGUCAUAUUGUGCCUGCUGCUCUCCGGCCUGGCUGUGUUCUUCCUUUUCCCACGUUCCAUUGAUGUGAACUAUGUGGGAGUGAAGUCUGUCUACGUUUCCUAUGACCAGAUCAAACGCAUCGUGUAUCUCAAUAUUACUAACUCGCUGAAUAUUACAAACAACAACUUUUACUCUGUGGAUGUGGCCAACAUAACAGCCCAAGUGCAGUUUUCCAAGACGGUGAUCGGAAAAACUCGUGUUAGCAACAUCACCACUAUUGGCCCCCUGGACAUGAAGCAGAUUGACUACAUGGUGCCCACCACCAUAGCAGAUGAAAUAAGUUAUAUGUAUGACUACUGUACCCUGCAGAGCAUCAAGGUGCACAACAUAGUACUUAAGAUGCAGAUAACAGUCACUGUAGUGUAUUUUGGUCAUGCUGAGCAGGUGUCUCAGGAGAUGUACCAGUAUGUGGAUUGUGGAGGGAACACUACAUCCCUGCAUGAGUAUAGACUGAAUACCCCUUGGGCAGGCUAGAGGUGACCCUGAUGUACAUGGUGUAAUGCGUCACCCUGUCCCUUACCUCUCCACUCCGUGCCAAUUCAGCAAAACUGGUUACAUUUCGCUGCCAUUUAACCACAAGAACAUGUCUGGGUGUUUGCAGAUUACGAAUGAUGCACUGUAAUGUUUUAUGUUCUCCAAGCAAUAUUAACAUUGAGGUCUGCCUAAUUUUUAUUCCAGUUAACAUUGCCAAACUGAAUUAUGCAUUGUGUGGGUAGAGGUUGUUCCCUUUUGAUAAACAUACCAUUGUUUUCAAGCACUACCUAUUUUAAAGCUCUCUAAAUUUACUUGAUGUAAUGAUUUAUUUGAAGAAUACUGUUUGUCUAGUGCACUCCUGGUUAAAGUUUUUUUUUUUUUUUUUUUGUAUUGUAAUCUGAUGUUCAUUACAGUUUUUAGUGAAGGAUCAAACUUUAUCCAAACACCCUAAUAGGCCCUGCAUGCUUUGGGCUUUAAAUUGAGGGGAGAUGCACUUUAUGUGUAAAAGGAAAUAUUCCAGAUGAAUGGGUUACCUCAAGUUACUGUUAAUACCUCAUUCCACAGAACUGCUGCAAUCUCACAGGCUGCAGUACAUGACGUUGUCCUCUGUUGGUGUGACAUUGCUCCCAGUUUCUGUGUGUCAUACAAAAGGAUCAGCCACUUUGUCCCAGUAAAACUGGCAGGUGACGACCAAGGGAAUGUCAGUGUAGAUAACGCACAGUUUGGUACAAGUUAUAUUCUUCAAUCUGUUUGUUUUGUUUCACACUUUGGUGGCAAAUUUACUGUUUGUCACAGUUCAUAAGCUGUUCAUAAACUCUUUAAAUUCCCUGCAUAUGUAAAUUAACAGAUAAAUCACUACAUAUGUAGAAAACCAACAAUCACUGAGAUCUGAGACUGUCUGGCUGCGUGCAAGAUGUUUUAGUAAGAAAUGAUAAUUCCUUUAGAUUCUCAAUGUAAUAACAUAGAUUUCACUCAUGAAUUUAAAUGCAUUUUAUUUAGAAUAUCUACAAAAUCAGAUGUAAUUUGUCCAGCUGUUUUGAAGGAGGGUGUAACUUUGAUAACAAUUUAACAUUUUUAACAUUGUGAAAGUGGACUAUUAAGAAGUACAUUUUUAAAAAUUGUAAUCAUGUUUGUAAAAAGGUACAAAGGUUAUUAUUUGAUUUAAAGAUAGUCUACUGCAUCUGCGAUAGGAAUCGCUACAAAUAUGACUUUGCAUUCAUGUGUUUUGUAACCAGCAUUUGCUUCAUGUACAUGUUUGUAUGUAACACUUGAUUUUUGAGAAAAGAAGUUUGGACUGCUGUAGAGAUUGUACUGAAUGAACUUGACCCUGCUGAAGGCCCAGUUUCAGUGUCUGGAAUAAAAAAACAUAAUGGUUUCCAUUAAAUAGAUGUGUUUUAAGUUGCUUGCUAUUUCAUUCUAUUUGUGUGAUAAUGAGUUUAACAAAUGUGUUUGACAGAGUGUACAUGCAUUUCUUUUUACAGUAUGAUAUACUUUUAUGUUUCAGCAACACUGAUAAUGCUAUCAGAUGAUGAUUCUGUAUAGAAGCACACAACAUGGUUUCUUAUGUUCACAAGAGUGUUUAAGCUUUUUGGUCAUUUGUUGCAUUAAUAAAUGUGCAAUUGAUACAUCUCUAA